AUGUCAAGCUUCUCUCCACCACCGCAAACGCCGACACUGCGCCGCCCGGCUUCGCUCGACGACUCCGAAUCGGAUGGCUCUCAAGCGACUCUGCAACAUCGCCGCUCUCCCUUGCCUGCACCCGCACGCAGCGUCAAGUCGCCCGCCCAACCCCAGGCGCAGUCCGAGACGCCCCCAGUAGCGCACAACUUCUCACGGCCCGUGAUUGCGCGCGGAGAAACAGAGCAUGUAACGCACAGCCAGGGUCACAUCGGCGCGCAGCUGGGACACCGACCGAGACAGCGCUCACAGGGCUACUUUGAGCCCAGCUUGUCGUCUGCCCGCGGCCUCGACAGAGACACGAUGCCGCCCUCGCAGAGCCACCUCAAUACGAGCCAGAUUGCCGCCCAGGCUGCCUACGCCCACCAGAACGCACAGCACAACCGCAAGCGCUCCACCACGAUUCCCGCGCCCGGCGACAACGCUGCGCCCUCUGGACGUGGGCAGCCGGGCCAGAUGAGCCCGCCGCCUUUGCCGAGCCAGAUGACCUUCAGGACGAAUGGCGUCACCUAUCAGAAUGGGAACAGCAUGGGCGUGAACCGCAUGGCGGCGACGACGGCGGCGAAUGUUGCCUUUCCACGGAGUCCGCUGCAUUCGCCGGGCAUGGAAGGGAUGCAGCAGCAGACACAUGGCUCGCCCAAGCCGUCGUCGACGCCGGAGCCGCUGCAGCUGCAAAAGUCCAAGGAAGGGAAGAGCAAGAUGAAGCUGUUUAGCUCCAAGCCGAAGAACAUCAAAGUCGAAAAACAGCAGCUGGACAUUCGGCCGCAAGCGACGCUGCCAUCACCGGGAAAGAUUGGCAUUGGCAUCCAUAGCUCGCAGGCGCUGAAUCGCAUGAUGUUGAACCAGUCGACAACGAGCUUGGCAGAGUCAGGUGCCAGCAGCAGCAAUGCGUCGCUGUACUCGUCGGCGAAUGCUUCAACGUCGACAUUACUUACCGCUAUCGUCAGCCAACAGCAAUUCGAGGCCGACGGAUCCAAAUGCGCCGCAACCAUUGUAUUCUUUUGCAGCUCCGGCAUCGCCUGGGCAUGCGAGCUCGUUUGCGAAUUCCAUGACUGGGUUGGAUCUAAGACAUGGUGGAAGGCAUUUGCGGCGGGCAAAGAAGGAGGAGAAGGCGGCGCAGUAUCUGGAUGCACAGUUGGAGCCGCCAUAUCGAGAACGGAAUCAAUCGUUCAGCAUCGAACGGCGACGACUGAGAUGCUGAGUCUGGGAAGUUUGUUCGGCAUCAACGGCCUAUCGCCAGAUGAUGCGUGGCCAUUGCUAAAAGCAAGAGUAUUGUUGAUAUUCGAAGGCGAAGACCCGCGGCCACCUGUCGAAGAUUUCAACGCCCUCGUCACCGUCCACAUAAAACGCUGCGUCCACAAGCGCUCGCCCAUCCUCCUCAUCGAAGACCUCAACGAACUCUUACAAACGGGCUUCGGCUCCCUCGACCAAACAUUACGACACGUACCCGAUGACCGCCUCAUCCCACAUCUAGUAGAGAUGUGGCUCGUCGUAUUUACCACCAUCCUCCCCUUCCUCCAAGCCGUCUUCCUACCUCUCGACCUCGAAUUUCGCGGCUCCGGCAUAAUGUCGAGCGCGCAAGCCGCCGAGUUUUGGGGCGUCAUGCUCCCCGACGAAAUGAACACCAAAUCGCCCGAAUCCAAGAACAAAAACAUCCCGAUCUGGGCGAACUCGAAGUCGCGCAUCACGCUCCUCAUGUCCGCGACAUCGUCAUCUUAUGUCCGACCUGGCACGGCGGGUAGCGCAAGGAGUAUCAACGACCCCAACAACAGUCACAGCUCAGGCGGAUACCUCGACUCCACAACCACGUCCUCCACCCGCUCCCGCGCCACCUCCAACACCUCCGCCGGCUCCUUCUCCUCAAACCCCGCCUCCCACCCCGCCACAAUCAACCACCUGCACCCUCCUCCCUCUCAAAUGCCCCCGGCUCUCCGCCAGCAACCCAUGGACAGCGCCAAAGUCACCGAGACGGUCGGCAGGAUGUUACAAUGCGUCAGCGUGCUGGUUAGUUUGCAGAGCGGCGACGAGGCGCAGGAGAAGAUUGGUAGAUUGAACAAGGAGUUGAAAUAUAAUUGGUUGGGCAGGGGCAGGACGGGCAGGCAGAGGCAAGGGUUUGUGGGGCCGAGACGCGGUGGGAAUUUGAAUUUGGCUGCGGGGGGAAUAAGUAUUCCUGGGCUUGCGUAG